AAAAUGUUCUUCACUCAGAUUGUGUGUAGCAAAAUGGCCGCCCGACCAAAGUGAGUGUGACGUUUCGUGAGGUGAUUGCAUCGUUGUUUUAAGUGGUUUUUACGAAUAUUCGUUCAUGUGACAUAGUGUUAUUGUGUUUCCUGUGAUUAUCCGCAGGUCUGUGAAGAAAAUUCGAAUAUUCGAUAAGAACUCAGAAGCGGAGUGAGAGGAAACGACCGCAACCUUGUGCUGAAUGUUACGAGACGCUUGCGCUGAAUGAUCAAAUGUUAUCGGUCGAAUACUGCUCCCAUUUUACAAAAAAUGCUAUUGAAAUUGAUUAUUUCACGAGAAUUAGGGGAAAAUAUUCGAAGGAUGGACAAUCAAUCUGAAGUAUAGGAAAUAUACAUGUAUCUAUUCAUAGAGCUUGAAAAACAUUGAGAUCUCAAAUGAAAUACGUAGUGGAUUUUUUGCGGCGUAAAAUGUUUCUCUACAAACCAGAUACAAUCGUAAACGCAUUAUAAUGGUCGUAAAUCACUUUAAAUAACCUUGAAAGACCUCGAGAAACCAACAUAUUUUAACGUGUUAUGAGGUUAAGGACGUUGCGCGAAUCCAUGUGAAUAGAGGAAACCGGACGAGAGGUUGGCUUGAGUGGCGAUGCUUGUAAUGGACAUGAAUGUACAUUCGCGUUGGUUUGCCGGCCGUUUUGAAAAUACACGCGGAAUGAUUCACCUCUCACGCAUGUCCAAUGUCUAUCGUUGAGUCUAGCGCAUUAUAAUGCGGACGGAACGAGUGGAUAGUGCGCGCGUUGGAACAAUGGCCACUUAAACUAACUAGCUGAUUAAAUGCUCACCUCAGUCACCACGGAUGCACGAUUAAAUAUGGAUUCGCACAAGCCACUGCGGGAGUUGCGAUGCCAACGUAUCACAAUGCGGGUGGUGGAUACCCGAAUGUGUCAGCGCCAGCGCGGCAAGCGAAGCUCGAUGGCAAUCAAAAUCACCAUACGAUCCCCUCAAACGUAACGUCCCAUCCCCUUAUACAAAAUAGCACGCAACACAACGUUCCUUCCAACUUAUCUGCAAGUAACAUUCCGUCCCAUCCAGUAUCACCGACGAUGACUACGCAUUCGAACGUCACCACUCCUAAUAUAACCAGUCACAUGAAUACCGGAUCAACGCCGGUAAUCCUCACUUCGAAUGUCACGAAUCCUAGCAAUCCUGCUGCGUUAUCGGUGAAUCCGAGGCACGAGGUCAAACUGAACGCUAUGCCAUGGUUCCACGGGAAGAUAUCAAGGGAAACUGCCGAACGAUUGUUGCGGCCGCGCGAAGACGGCCUGUUCCUAGUCCGGGAGUCGACGAAUUUCCCCGGCGACUAUACGCUGUGCGUGUGUUAUCAGGGUCGUGUACAACAUUACAGAGUGAAAUACAAGAACAAUCAAUUGACUAUCGACGACGAGGAAUUUUUCGAAAAUUUGGCCUUGCUGGUCGAGCAUUAUGAACAGGAUGCGGAUGGGUUAUGUACGCAAUUGACAAAAUCCUUACCGAAAGAAGGCAAACAGGAUUUCUGUGUGGAUUUAAAGGCUUUCGUAAAGGCUGGUUGGGUAAUACAGACCCACGAGUUAGAAUUGAGGGAAUGUAUCGGGAAAGGAGAGUUCGGUGAUGUGUUAUUGGGCGUUUAUCGAGGCGAAAGGGUCGCUGUGAAAAUGCUAAAAGACAACAGUGAGGCGGCACAGAGGUUUCUGGCUGAAGCAAGUUUGAUGACUUCAUUGAUCCACGAUAAUCUAGUCAAACUGCUCGGCCUUGUUUUCAAUAAUCAACACAUGUACCUGGUUACGGAAUAUAUGAGCAAAGGAUCCCUGGUGGAUUACUUGAGAUCAAGAGGGAGAUUGCAUGUUUCUAAGAAAGAUCAGAUUAAUUUCGCGUACGACACUUGCGCAGGUAUGGCAUAUUUAGAAUCUAGACACGUAGUACACAGAGAUCUGGCCGCGAGAAACGUUCUCGUCGCGGAGGAUAAUUCGGCAAAAGUGUCAGAUUUCGGUUUAGCACGGGAUGAAAAUUUUUCUCUUGAAGGAGGAAAACUUCCCAUCAAGUGGACUGCACCAGAGGCUUUAAAGCAAAAUAAGUUUUCAAAUAAGUCUGAUAUGUGGAGUUUUGGAAUACUUUUAUGGGAAAUUUAUUCCUUUGGACGUGUACCAUAUCCACGAAUUCCAUUAGCAGAUGUUGUAAAAUGUGUAGAAAAGGGAUAUAAAAUGGAGCCACCAGAUGGUUGUCCGCAUGAAGUUUAUGAUAUUAUGAGACAAGCAUGGGACUUACAACCUGAAAAACGACCUACUUUUUAUGAUAUAAAACUUGUAUUGGGUCAACUAAAAGCUGAAUACACCAAAGGUGUAAAUUAAAAAAAAAAAAAAAAAAGAAAAAAAGAAAAAAAAAGAAAAGAAAGAAAAAAUAGAAAAGAAAUGCUACUUAUCAUCGUAGAUUAAUGUAGAAAAGAUAGAGAAAAUGGAAUUAGCGUUUUUGGAACUUUUUUUAAAUCUGGGGCAAAAGUAGUGGCUCUAAAUACUUUUUGCUAGAAAAAACAAUUUUCUAUUGUACAUUUUUAUUGUACAAAAGUAGCAUCUACAUUGCUUGUAUUUAUUGUUAUUAUUAUUGCUAUUAUUAUUAUUAUUAUUAAUAUUAUUAUCAUUAAUAUUAUUUUUAAAGAUAUAUUUUUAAUUUUUUCUUAUAUGAAAAUAAUUUGCAUACAUAAAUUAACAUACAUCAAUCGUGCCUUUGGCCAAGUUGUAAUUCUUGAAUAAAAGAAGUUCAACUUGUACAUCAGAAAUUCAGGUAGUACUUGAAAAGAUAUUCAGAAUUUAAAUAUUUUAUUUUUUUUCUUUUUUUUUUUUUUUUUUUUUUUUUUGAAGUAUUUUCUUUUACAGUCACAUUAUUAUAAAGUCGAGAAUGGCAGUUUUUAUAAAACUGUUUAAUCUCGUGAUUUUUGAAUAAUUUUAUCAUUUUUAUGACUCGAAAUAUAUUUCCAAGUGUAAGAAGCGCCUUACAUUGAACUGAAUUUAAAGAUGAAGAAUUAUUCACUACAAAUAUCUAUUAUAAAAUAAUCUUUUGGACUUAACUUAUAUAAGGGUGGAUAUUCGAAUUUUUUCACUUAUAUGUAACGAUAGAAGAGAAAAAGAUAACUAGAUUUUUAUUAUCAACUAUUUGUCACAGAGAUCUUUGUAUCGUAUUAUAGCAAAUGUAGAUUACAAGUACUUGUUAGUUAUAUAAGUUUUUUUUUAAUCAAAGAUUUAUCAUAAGAAGUAUUAAUUUUUGACUAAAUUAUUGAAACCAUUAUAUACAAUUAUUUAAGUUAUCUCGUGAGAUAUUUGAAUAUAUAUUAGCGAUGUAAAUGUAUUUGUAAAUACUUUUGUACAUAUCCGAUUAUCAGAAAAGGAAAAUAAGAAUUAAUAUUUCAAGUACAGAUUGAUAUUGGUUAGAAGAUUUAACACGGAUUGUGCAUAUUGUUUGUUUUAAAUUUUUAAGGUGGUUAUUUUAUACAAAUGUCCAUAUUUUAAUUGCACCAUACAAUGAUAUAAAAAGAUCGGAUAAUUAUAUAUUUAAAAUAAUUAAAUCAUAGACCUUUCGUGUUAUUCUAUAUCUUCCUUUGUAAUAUAGGAGCCACGACUUAUUUAAUACUUUUUCCAAUGGUUAUAACGGACUAAUGAUAUUUAUUCGUAGAUGAUAGGAAGCUUCAAGCGAAAUAGAAAAAAAUAUAACAAUAUUGAAUCAUUGAAUAAAUAAUUUCUUAAAAAAACUGUGAAUGAUUGGUAUAUAAUGCUUUUUAUUUUGAGCAAAUAACAUUUCUUUUAAUAAUAUGUUUUUCGUUUUUAAAUAUUUAAUUAUAUUUAUAUAUAUAUAAUUUCUAUCAGUAUAUAGAAAAUCAAAGCUAAUACACUCAGUUCCUCGCAUUCUUUCAUUACUUGCAAUAUUCGAAAUAAAAACUAUCUUAAUUAAACAGAGCUUUGUAAGAAAUAAUUUUAUAACGAUAUACCAGAUCUGUUUCGCAAAUGUACGUGUCUAGUUUGAAAGUAGUGAGUAGCUGUAAUAAAUAUAUAGCGUAUUUAUAAGCGUGUCAGUCCGUUUAUAACUUCUAUAGUAUGUAAUAUAAUAUAUAUGGCUCUAAUCCAGUACCUAAAAUUUUUUCAAUGGUGUUAUAUUUUUGACCUAUUUUUUUAUUUUUUUUUUUUUUGCAUAACGAUAUAUUUUGCAAUUAUAAAAACCAACAUUUGUGGAUAUGUCACGAUAUAUAUACAUAUAUAUAUUUCACAUCCAAUAUAAUCCGUAUAGAAUAUCAGUUCUCAUCACCCUGCUUUGAUAUUUUUCAUAUUUCUAUGUUGAAUACCGAAACCCUGCAGUUUGUUAUAUUAUACUUUUUAAACAGCAUCGUAUUUAUAGUGUGGUGUGAAAGACAUUAUUUCAUAAUUAUCUUGUGUAAUUUAAUAUAUAAGUGAGACUUUGUUACAAAAAACAGCGUUAAUCUUUUAUGAAUGUGACCAGUGUGUUAGAUUCUUUUAUUUUUUACUUAUGAUAAAUUUGAUGAUAAAUUUGUUAGCUUAUAAGAAAUUUAAUAUGUAUAUAUAUGUAUAUGUGUAUAUGUAUAUACAUAUUGAAUAACAAGUUAUACGAUAUUCAUGAAUUGAAUGAAUUCGCUAAAGUUUGUUCAAAAUUUAUUGAUUAUUCAAUAUCAUUUUUUUUUUUUUAGAUAAACUAAGAUAAACUAAGGCAUAUUUUCUUUUUCAAACUUAUGAAAUGCAUCAACUAUUUUCAUACAUAUUUAAGACAAAGCUUAAGUUUACAUUAUGUCUUUAUAUUUAUGUUUUUCAUUUUCAAAAUUAACAAUAUAAUGAAAUAAAUAUUACAUGCUAUAAUAAAGGUCUUUUUUCUUCAAUGAUCUUGAUCAAUUAAUUGAUCUUGGACAAACUAUAGCUUAUACUUACACGAAUGUAUCUGAAUUUGAAAUGUUUUGGAAAAUUGAAUGCCUUUGCGUUGAUGCGGAUGAAUAUGACAAUAGCACAUGAUGUGAAUUAUAUUAAGAGUUUUCAUUCUGGCCUCCAAAAAAAAAAAAACUGAACUGUACGAUAUCGUGGGUGUUCAUGCAUUGUUCCACCUGUGUGAUUAUAUCGUUACUACAGAUUCUAAAGAUUCUCUAAUAGACAGCUAACAAUAGAAAUAAAUUAUGGUCCAUUGACCAGAGAAGAACAAGCAUCAAAUGAAGCAUUAACAAUUAAUAAAAUUAUGGAAGAAAGUAUA